AUGAACCAUCUUUUGCAAGAGAGGUAUUUAGGGAGUGCCGAAGAGAACUUGGUCAUGGGCCAGUUUAUCAAAGGCGAGGAGUGCGUGAUUUCUGCAGGGUGCGACAGAAUUGUGCUGUACAAAAUUGCUGAAGGAAGGCUGGUAAAAAUAAAGGAAAAAAGGGUCUUUGGAUGCAUUCUUGGUUUAGCAGUUGUGCCUUCUCUUGGGGAGGAGGCUGAUUCUUUACUGGUGCAUUUUGAGUAUGCUCGCGUGUCUGCUAUUUUUUUCCGAGAAGAUCAAAACGAGUUUGUGUGCAGGUCCCUGCGGUUUUACGAGAAGCAGCAGUACGGGUUUGUGCACGGGUCAGAGAAGAACACAUCUUUCAUUCGCGUGGACGAAGAGCACGGGGUUUCUUUCCUGCUGAUCUCGAACACGCACUUUGCCAUCUUUUCGUCAUCAGCCGUGGGAGAGAGCAAAGUCUUUGAAAUGCAGAAAAUACGCCCCAGACACUGCGCGAUAAAGGACGUGGCCUUUCUCAAAGGGUACUCGUCUGCUUCUCUCUGCUUUCUCUUUGAGGACACCGUUGCAGAGAGAUCCAGGAUUCUUGUGUACAUUUUGAACGUGGAGUACGAGCUGUCUUUCUUUUUUGAGGUUGACUCUGUGCCGCACGGGUGCUACCAGCUCGUGCCCACACAGGACAAGGCAUUUAUGGUCCUUGGGGCAUGCGGAGCUCUUUUCUACACGCAGUGGGAGAUGCUUGGGGUGCGCUUCAACGACUUUUGGUCCUUCGACAGGCUGGGGAUAGAAGAAAGGCCGCUGAAGGAGAAAAACUUUGUGGUUGAAAACGGAAAGUGUCUUGUGAAAGACAGAGACAUCUUCCUUAUAUCUGAGACCAUCUUCCUGCAGUUUACCAUCCUGGGGGGGAACUCAAGAGUGUCUAGCGUGAUCGUAAGGAAGAUAGACCUGGAUGCCAAAUUCAACAAGCCAUACUCUACAGCAGUAUACGGGAACAGAGGAUGCUUCAGCACAGCAGAAGGCCUCUUUUUACUUACGUUUGAAUCAGAGACCAUAAUGGAGGAAAAGGAGCAGAAGCCCAUUGAUGUUGUCACGGAAGAGUAUGUGCAGAUGUUCCUAAGCGAUGCUACCGACUCAGAUCUGCCUCCUGCAAGUGCUGAUCGAGAGAGUGCAUCUGCAGGCGAGCAGGAGAGACUCUCAGUGAGCCCGAAAAAAACUAGAGCAAAGAAACAGAAGAGCACAGACAAUAAUCAUUUGCACAAGGAAUCAGAGGACGGCCUUUUAUCGGGCAGAAUACUUGAAAGGGAGUACGAGAAAAUGUUUAGAAUGGCAGGAGACACAGAGAAAAAGAACGAAGAGGAGGUGAAAGAGACAAAAACAAACAAAAUAGUCAUCACACAGACAAAACCGUCGAUAGGAGAGAUAUGCUGCAUAGAGCCGCUUCCUCUCAUAGAGAAACAGCAGGUGUUUCUAGUGGCUGCUGGAUCGCCUGGACAGCCGCUCCUCUUUGAGGCCAAGGAGGGCAUGGAUCUGCUGUACACCCACACCGCUAAGAUACGCGGAUACUCUGAUCUCUUCGUGGUUGAUGCGCUGGAGAAUAAGUAUCUCCUGACAAAAGAGGGAGAGAGCGCAGUGGUGCACUGGGACAAAGAGGUAGACCUUGUGCAAUCUGAGAUAUCAAACAGCCUAACCAUCCUAUUCCACGCUAUUUCUACGGGAUACAUACAGGUAACAGUCUCUCACAUAUGCUACCUAGACAAAGAGCUAAAAAAGGUCAAGACAGCAGUGCUCCCAGAGACAGCCCGUGCUGCGGUGUACGAAGACGACAAAGUGUUUUUGAUCACUGAAACAGGAGCAGCGUACCAGUACAAGGGGAACAGAAAGACAAAGAUACCUGUGCCAGAUGCCACAGCAAUAACUGUGCACAAGGGCACGCUUUACAUCGUAGAUAAGAGCGGAAGACUGAGCGUAUACUGCAUAGCCAGCCGCAAGAUACGAGGCGAGUAUUCUCUGCUCUCUGUCUUCCCAUCGGUUCUGGAGAGCGUGGAGAUCGAGAUGGAUGCAAAAUACAAGCUGGCUAUUCACGACAUCACAGCAGUGGAGUAUAUGCUCGCCACCUACCUUCUGGUGCGUACGGUGAAUAACGAAGUGAUCGUGUACCGACAGAAAGACAGCAGAUUCUUUAAAGAGACAGUGGCUAAUAACGCGUUCUACCACGAGAAGCAUGAAAGUGCGCAUAAAGCACUCAGCCGGAUACAGGUGUGCGGUGACUUAGUGUUCAUCCCAGGGUGCAACCAGACACGAGUCCUCUGUUUUACGCCGUACACUCUUAUUAUGCACAGAUACAACAUGCCCAUUGAUUCAAUCAGCGAGAUUGCAUCGCCAGAGGAAAGCCAGUACAGAUACUUCAUUAUCAUGGCAAAGGGAAACAUAGUGCGAGGCACACUGCCUGACUACUACUCGUACGAUAAACCCAUAUUCUACAGAAAGACCAAGGUAGACAGCAUAUGCCAGCACAUUGCAUACUCUGCCUGCAAAAAGGUGAUAGUGGCUUCAGUCUAUGUGGAGAAGGCGUACACACAGGAGAUGAUCCCGUUCACGGUGCAGGCAACAACUGAGCUGGAUGCAGACCCCGUCCCUCUCCCUGCCAUCCCCGAUAUAAGUGUGAACCCUCUGACGCGCGCAUACUCUCUGAAGAUAUACUCGCACGAUGAAAUGAGGCAGUACUCUCGCUCCUCAGCUGUGCUUACAUCGGUAGAUGAGUACAUGCUGGAAGACAAUGAAUACAUCUCCUGCCACAGGAUAGUCACCCUCCCAGAUAAACAGAAUACAGAAGGGUGCUCUGAGUUUGUGAUAGUGUGCACCACAUACAUAACAGAUGAAGACCUGAUGGCGAGAGGAAGGCUGAUUGUCUUAGAGAUAGCAUCAGUGGUCCCCAAAAGAGACAGAAUAGAAACCAGACACAAGCUGAAGGCCCUGGCUGCUGAGAAAACAAAAGGAGCAGCAACAGCAUGCGAUGUCAUCAAAGGAAACAUCGUGGUGUGCAUUGGAACUAAGCUCAUGAUCUACGUCUUUGACAGAAACGAAGGCCUCAAGGCAGUUGCAUUCCACGACAUCCACGUGUUCCUUACAUCAUGCAUGGUCCUGAGGAAUAUAAUUGUCUGCGGUGAUGCGUAUAAGGGAACUUUCCUGCUGUUCUACCAAAGCGAGCCUCCUUUGCUCCAUAUGCUAUCGCAGAGCAGCGGAGGUGUGAAUUUGCUUAAGGGCGUGGGAAUGACUUUGUACGGGACAUCUCUUAGCCUGCUGUCCUACGACUCAUCAAACAUCGUAACUAUAUACAGCUACUCGCCGCAGCACAUUCUGUCUCAGGCGGGAUCUCGCCUUAUCUCCAGGGGAGAGUGCAAGCUGCCUGCGCCCAUUGCAGGGUCAUUCAGAAUCGAGCUGGGGGGAAUAUACAGAACAGGGCUGUACACUAAAAACGGGUACGUGUACACGCAUAAGACGCUAGACCAGAGCAAAUACGUGUCUCUGCUGGAUCUGCAGCACGCGGUAGAGUCCAACCUGUGGAUGACCCUGGGGACCAACUCAAAGUCUCACUGGCUGACAGACAAGCCUGCAGAGAUGAAGGAAAUAACUCUUAAAGAAGUCCUCCAGACCGGGCUGAUGGAAGAGUACUUCAGCAUGUGCAAUGUGCGCGCCAACAGAAUUAGCGCUGAAACAGGAAGAUCGUCAUCAGGCGCUGUCAAAGAUGAGCUCGAGUUUUACAGAGUAGCGCCUUAG